ACGUGUUCAUUUUGUUUACUUAUGUCAAAUAAUGAAUGUAUGGUCACUCUAAUUGUCAAAUGACUUGGACCAAUCAGAAAGCGCCAUUUGGUUUUUGCUCUCUUGCAUUGAUGAAAAAGAGUGGCAGAAUUAAUUUCAUACUAAAAGUUGUUGGCUGGGUUUAUUUUGCAAUUGAACGUUGGCGAAAAAGUGCAGUUUGGAAAAACCGUAAUAAAAGUAACAACGUGGAUUCCUGUAAAAAAUUUAAUUAAAGUAUAUAUAAUAUUUUAAUUGAAUUGGAAACAACUAAAAUAAUUAUUAAGGAUGAAAUAUUUCUUACUAAUUGGGCUGCUGCUUUUAGCAGGGGUGAGUCAAAUCGUUGCUGAUGGAACUGAAGAAAAAGAGGAUGUGAAGACAAUUGACUUGGAUUUAGGUUCAUUUAAAGAAGGUUCCAGAACAGAUUCUGACGCCGUUCAUAGGGAGGAAGAGGCGAUCAAAUUGGAUGGACUUAAUGUGGCACAAAUGAAACAAAUUAGGGAAAAGGCUGAGAAAUUUGCUUUCCAAACAGAGGUCAAUCGCAUGAUGAAACUCAUUAUUAACUCAUUAUAUCGCAAUAAGGAAAUCUUUUUACGUGAGUUAAUAUCCAACGCUUCCGAUGCUAUUGACAAAAUUCGUUUGCUCGCGCUUACUAACAAAGGCGAAUUGGAGUCAAAUCCGGAACUAAAUAUACGCAUAAAGGCUGAUAAAGAAAACAAAGUGCUGCAUAUAAUGGAUACUGGUAUUGGCAUGACACACCAGGAUCUUAUCAAUAAUCUUGGUACAAUUGCUAAAUCCGGCACAGCUGAUUUCUUGGCAAAAAUGCAAGAUCCUUCUAAAGCGGACGGUCAAGAUUUAAACGAUAUGAUUGGGCAAUUUGGUGUUGGUUUCUAUUCUGCCUUCUUGGUAGCUGAUCGUGUUGUAGUCACUACAAAACACAAUAACGAUAAACAGUACAUUUGGGAAUCAGAUGCUAAUAGCUUUAGUAUUGUUGAAGAUCCACGUGGAGACACUUUAAAACGUGGUUCAAUUAUCUCAUUGCACCUUAAAAAUGAAGCUCAAGAUUUUCUUGAAGAAGAUACCGUCCGUGAACUAAUCCGUAAAUACUCACAAUUUAUUAAUUUCCCCAUAAAGAUGUGGUCAAGUAAAAAUGUUGAUGAGGAAGUACCAAUUGAAGAAGAAGUUACUGAAAAACCUGAAACUGAAAGUGAUGAAGAUCCCAUUGAAGAUGGCGAAGAUGCUAAAGUAGAAGAGGAUACAGAGGAUUCUGACAAACCAAAAACUAAGAAGGUAACAAAAACAAUUUGGGACUGGCAAUUGAUAAAUGACAGUAAACCAAUUUGGACACGUAAACCGGCUGAAGUCACAAAUGAAGAGUACAAUGAAUUCUAUAAGAGUCUCACUAAAGAUUCUACUGAACCAUUGACACAGACUCAUUUUGUUGCCGAAGGUGAAGUUACAUUUAAGAGUUUAUUAUAUAUACCAAAAGUGCAGCCAUCUGAAUCAUUUAACCGUUACGGUACCAAGUCCGAUAAUAUUAAAUUGUACGUGCGUCGUGUUUUCAUCACCGAUGAGUUCAACGAUAUGAUGCCCAAUUACCUCAACUUUAUUCGUGGUGUUGUUGACUCUGAUGAUUUGCCCUUGAACGUAUCGCGUGAAACCUUACAACAGCACAAACUCAUCAAAGUAAUUAAGAAGAAAUUGGUACGUAAAGUAUUGGACAUGAUCAAGAAAAUUGAUAAGGAAGCCUAUGAGAAACUCUGGAAGGAAUAUUCCACAAACAUUAAACUUGGCAUUAUGGAAGAUCCAAGUAAUCGUUCACGUUUAGCUAAGCUGCUACGUUUCCAAUCUUCUAAUGGCAAAUCUGUAACUUCCCUCGCUGAAUACGUGGAACGUAUGAAGCCUAAACAGGAACAUAUCUAUUUCAUUGCUGGUGCAAAUCGCGCAGAAGUCGAAAACUCACCUUUCGUUGAACGUUUACUUGCUAAGGGUUACGAAGUUUUGUAUUUGGUUGAAGCCGUUGAUGAAUACUGUAUUUCAGCAUUGCCUGAAUUUGAUGGAAAAAAAUUCCAGAAUGUAGCUAAAGAGGGCUUCCAAUUGAACGAAUCAGAGAAGAGCAAAGGCAAAUUUGAAGAAUUGAAAACAACAUUUGAGCCACUUGUAAAAUGGUUGAAUGAUGUUGCACUUAAGGAUAAGAUCUCAAAAGCUCAAGUAUCUGAACGUUUAAGCAAUUCACCAUGCGCUCUGGUAGCUGGUAUGUUUGGUUGGACUGGUAAUAUGGAACGUUUGGCUAUGUCCAAUGCUCAUCAGAAAUCAGAUGAUCCUCAGAGAAGUUACUAUUUGAAUCAAAAGAAAACACUUGAAAUUAAUCCAAGACAUCCAUUGAUACGUGAACUGUUGCGACGGGUAGAGGCAAAUGAAGCUGAUGAGAGCGCACAAGAUAUGGCACUGAUGAUGUUCCGCACAGCAACUUUAAGAUCUGGAUUUAUGUUACAAGAAACUGCCGACUUUGCUGACAGCAUUGAAAGAAUGAUGAGACAAACCCUUGGUGUAUCGUUAGAUGAAGAAAUACAAGAGCUCGAUGACGAAGAUGAUUCAAAUGAGAGUUCUGAAAGCGAUAAAACAGAUGAAGGAGAUAAUGAUGCUAAUGCAGAAGAAGAUGAACAUCACGAUGAAUUGUAAGAGCGGAACUUCCCAAGUUCAUAGUUUGUAAAUAAUUUCACAUAAGAUCAGACUGAAUUAUUCUUUCUUUAAUAAUAUAAUUAUUUUUAUUUUCUUUAUAAUUUAAUUAAGUUUACAGCAUUUAACUUAAACAUUCUUUUCUGUCACUGCUUACGGUUUAGUGACGUAUUAUAUACUCUUAUGUAUGAAAUUAUUGUAAAUAGCAAAUUUCUAUAUUAUGAAAAGUGCUAUUAUCUAUUGAAUUUAAUUUUAUAUUUUGUAUUUUUUUAUAAAGUAAAAGUUUGUUAAGAAUUCGUUCUUCAUCUGCAAUAGAUAAAUAAUAAUAAAACAGACUUUAUGUCUAAUAUAUUUCUAA